AUGUCAAAUCCUUCAACCAACUCCCUUCCUCAAGACGCCUUCACACCGCAGUUUGAACACGCUUUUGUAAACUGGGUGAAGAACGAAAACUUUGCCUACACCUUCACAGACGAGGAUAUCGAAGCUCGACGCUGGGUUUUGAAACAUGAUGGGGCCUCACCCCCUCACUUCCAAGCACCACAUAACUCCUGGCUUACAAAGGUCCGGAAACAACAUCGUCUUGGGGAGAAUGGGGAAGAAGUCCUCUAUCGACCUUCUCCUGAAGGUGAUCAAUGGUACAAGCUUGUUCCUAUCUCACAAGUUCUCACAGUCAUCAAACGAGUACAUUGUUUACAAACCGCCCACUCAGGACAGAACAAGACUCAUGAAGAGAUUGCUAGGUACUACCGUGGUGUAGGGAAGAAGGAAGUGGUGAAAGCAAUUAAAUCGUGCAAUAUCUGCAUGCUGAAGAUCCUGGUCAAAUCCAACCCAUCACGUCCAGCUUUCCCUUUGAGCGUAUCCAAAUCGAUCUUGUUGAUAUGCGCGCAAUGGAGUGUAAAGUCGGAACAGAAACAAUGCGCUGGAUAUGCCAUAUUAAGGACCAUUUUACAAAGUAUUCACAGAUGGGCCGAUGGACUCCCACAUGUAAUCCGCUCCAUCAAUUUCACAAGACACAGUGCUACACUACACACACCUUAUCGUGCUGUUUUUGGGCGUAAACCCCGUGAAAUUGAUAUGUGGGACACUCUAGAAGGGCGAGACAUUGUGGAAGAGGUUAGGUUGGAUGAUGGCAGGACAGCAAUUGAGGAUGACGAAGAGGAUAAUGAAGGGACACCACUCCCUUUUCGUUGGGAAGAUCAGGAGGAUGAGACGGAAACACCACAGGAAGGGCAAGGAUCUAAUCCGCAGACCACGCUUGAAACAACUCCUCUACAGUCUCCUGCUGAGCCUUCGUCUACCAACCCGGUUCAACAGCUCAUUAUGGAGGAUGAACAUGCACGUCGGAAUCCAACAGCAAGUGACCACAUCAUCACAAAGAUGCGAGAACGACAAGCUCUCUGUCGAGCCAAAAUGGUGGAGCAACAUGGACGCAAUCAGAAGAACUGGACCUACAAAACCGGCGAUAAAGUCACACUGUUUGUUCCUCCUCAAGAUCGGCCAGGUGCUCCUGCUAGUCGUAUUCCUUGUGUGGUAUGUGAGGUAGUUCCAGAGAAGAGCAACACAUAUCGACUUCUUUGCUCUGAGGGAGUCCUCACCCGAUUAUAUCAAAGCAAAGUACUCAAUCCGGCAGAUGACCUCCAGAUACCGGUUUCUCUACAUCUGGGAUGGUCAAAAUGGAACACUUUCCCACAAGUUACAUUGAGAGAAGCAGCAUAUAAAAUUUUUGAUAUCAAGAAGGUAGAAGUGCAUUGCCGCUGUAAAGGGGAAUGUACCACAAAUCGAUGUCGGUGUAGACAAAAGAAUGUCAAGUGCGAAAAAGAAGAGAAGGAGGACAGAGAAGAAGCAGGUGAUCGGUCAACUACCACUUCCAUGACUGCUCCCUCCUAUACACAAGCUGCUCCAAGCUUGGACAAUGACACAAGUUCAGAAAGCGACACUUCGGUACAAAGAAGAGAACAUCGACGGGCGAAUACCCCGUGGCCAGCUAACGAUCAUUCCCUUGAGUCCUGGAGUGACUAUGACGAAGAUGGUGUUCCCUCUUCCUUCUGGCAUGGUCGCUCACCACUUGAUGAAUUCCCCAACUACAUCGCAACACCCGACGAGCUUUGGAGGGAGGAGUCUUGGGAAAUUGAUGGGCAGGUUUGGUCCUUACCUCGACCGCUUCUCCGACUCGCUAGGAAAUACAAGAUAUGGCUUUGGCAUGAACUUGCUACCAUGAUCAUGAGUAAACGGAGAGGUCUCAAUCAGUCUGGGUUUAUGCAAGAGGCGGCAGAACAGAAAGAACGUGUGAAACGGAUCCUACAGGCUCGAGAGGUAUUCAAGGAGAAGUAUGGAGCUGAGCUACAAUUUGACAGUAAUCAUGUCUUCGGUCGGAUAUGGAUGCAAGCGCUGCUUCCAACUUCCGUGGGUGCAAGAGCUUCUUGA